AGUGUUUCAGAGAAAUGAUAGAUAGAUUAUAUGGAAUUUAAAGCAGAAAUGAGGAAACCCGAAGACAGCAAAGUUAUGGAGUGCAAGGUAAGGAUUGAGGGAAUGACUUGUCAGUCUUGUGUGAAGAACAUCGAGGGAACACUUGGAACUCUUUCUGGAAUCAAGACAGUGAAAGUGAACCUUGCAGAAAAGUUAGGAAUUGUGAUGUACAACCCAAGCCUCAUUUCUGCCAAAGAAGUACGAGACCAGAUCGAUGAUAUGGGGUUUGAAGCCUCACUUCUAAGUGAAGAAAUAUUCUGUGAUACUAGAGUCAGUCAACUUGCCAAUCUUCAGUGCAAAGUGUUCAUAGAAGGUAUGACAUGCAUGUCAUGUGUGAGGAGCAUUGAGGAGAAGAUUUCCACCCUUCCAGGGAUUGUCAGGAUCUCAGUGAAUCUGAAUAGGAAAGAAGGGACAGUAGACUACAAUUCAAGCAUGAUGACUCCAUCAGCAGUGUGUGAUGCUAUAGAUGAAAUGGGUUUUCAGGCAACAUUGCAACAGGGUUUUGAAUGCAUACCCAUCCUUAAUGGGCCAGCAGGUGAUACCAAAGAAUCUCCUACCAAGCUCUUGUCCUCUCCAUCAUUUGACUCUUUCCCUGUGAAGUCUUUGCCUUCAGGGUCUGAAGUGGCUUUCAGCCCCCAUUUUCAAUUCAGCAAGAAUCAUUUGAGCCCCAAGUUUGGCUCCCUCACUGCAUUAGACUUGCAUGAUGAUUUCCUGACUGAGAACUCAGAUAAGUGUGUGUACAGCAUCCUGGUGUCCCUCAUGGCUGCCAAGGCUGAGGUUCGUUAUGAUGCAUCAGUCAUUCUGCCUGCACAGAUUGCAAGUGGAGUCUCUGAUUUUGGCUACCCCAGCUCUGUGAUGGAGGAUACCUUGUGUAAUGAUGGAGAGGUCCGAUUGUGGAUACGAGGGAUGACAUGUUCUUCUUGUGUCCAUGGUAUUGAAUCAAACCUGAAGAGUAAAAAGGGCAUCAAAGAUGUUGUUGUGGCCCUAUCCACACAUUCAGGGAUGGUUUGGUAUGAUCCAGAUAUUAUGGGACCAAGGGACAUCAUUUCCAUGAUUGAGGACUUGGGAUAUGAAGCAGGUUUGGCCAAAGACAGUGAUCAUCGCUCAAUGCUAGACAACCAAGAAGAGAUCACAAAGUGGAGGAGGACAUUCUGCUUUGCUGUUGUGUUUGCUGUCCCAUCCAUGGUUCUCAUGAUGUACUUCAUGCUCUCACAUAACCAUGAAGUACUUGUUCCUGGCCUCUCCUAUGAAAACCUAAUACUAUUUAUUCUUGCUACACCUGUGCAAUUUUUGGGUGGCUACCCAUUCUAUGUGGUGGCUUGGAAAGCUUUGAAGCAUGGCAAUGCCAACAUGGAUGUUCUGAUUAUGUUGGCAACUUCUAUUGCAUACAUCUACUCAACGAUUGUACUCAUAGCAGCUAUUUUUUUGCAAGAAGCCACCAGUCCAAAGACAUUUUUUGAGACUCCACCCAUGUUGAUAGCCUUUAUCUCACUGGGGCGUUGGUUAGAGAGCAUUGCCAAAGGAAAGACAUCUGAAGCAUUGGCAAAGUUAAUGUCUCUUCAACCAACGGAAGCCACUUUAGUGCAGUUGAGUGAGAACAAAGAAGUUAAAUGGCAGAAGGUGAUUCCAGCUGACCUGGUGCAGCGAGGAGACAUCCUCAAAGUUGUUCCUGGUUCCAAAGUUCCUGUGGAUGGUCUAGUCUUAAUUGGACAUUCAACCAUAGAUGAAUCUCUCAUCACAGGAGAGUCUAUG